AUGAAAAGAAUCAUAUCCAUUGAUCCACUCCUGAUCAAUUUUAAAUCAAGUUCAAGCCUUCAUCCAGGCCGCAAGAUUAAAAAGGACUCUUACAUUCGCAGAUUUUUUUGUGCAUCUAAAAAAUCCAAAAAGAUUCCUCCUAAAAAAGAGUAUCUGAGAUGCAAGUUAAUUAGAGGAUUUAAAAGAGCCAUUCGUCAAAUAAACAAAAAUGUACUUCCUUCGAAGACAUUAAACAGGAUGAAAGGAAAUCCAUAUAAUGCACUGGGAGUCUGGCAAGCUUUAGCUGGUUGUUACGAAAAAUAUAUGGAAGUUCUUGACCCUUUGUCAUGUACUGAAAAUAGUCAUAAAGCAAACAAGAACAAUAAGGAAAAAAUUAAUUCCAAGUACUUAGUAAGGAGCUUUAACUCAUCCCUUUGUAAAGACUUUUUCUUUCCCAUCGAGGUAAGAGAAGCGUUUUAUUAUUAUAUUGAAUUCCUAUUUGCUGAUCUUAAUCCAGAAAGUCUGUGUGACAAAUUUGACUUAAUGUGCUGUAGCGGUGCUCAUACAAAUGGCUGCAUAGAAAAAUGGCUAAUGAUAAAAAAAUAUAUGAAUUGUUACAUGAUUCAAGACCUGGAAAUCGAACCUUGGUUUCCUUCAACUAAUAGCAAUUCAUUUCUACCAAGUAUUUUUACAGUUAGGAUAGACAAUCCUACAAAGGCUGAAAUCGAAAAUCAGGAAAAUGUUUCCAAAAUAUCAUCGAACUACAAUAUAAUCGGCAAAAUUUUAAGCAGGAGAAAUUUUAACUCAUCCAUUAAGUUUAAGUUUAAUAAAUUAUGCUAA